AUGAAUGGAAGCAAUAUGGGAUACUACGCUGUGCUCGCAGGGCUCUCUGCGCUCGAAAAGUCACCACAGGUAGUGUUUACUGCAGCGGAGCUGCAGCAACUGACGCAACAAUGUAGUAGUGCCAAUGAAAGCGCGAGGGAUAGAGAGAUCAGCGAGGGAAAGGUGUCCAAACCCAAGAGGGUGGCCGUGCACGGUUACCUAGGUGGAAAAGUGUCACUUGCUGAUGCGGCACAGGUGGAAUAUGAGGUCGGGCACUCGCUGCUGGGCAGCUACGUGCCUCGGCAGCAGCUGGAGGCUCUCUCGAGCGUCGAUUUCGCGCACCAUUUCCAUCGUACGUUGGAAUGCAAGGCUGCUCUCGAGACACACGACGUGUUUCUUGCCGGAGCAGGCCAGUUGUCCCUACCGUUCCAGUCGCACAUAGACAGCCCCAAGGACAACGAUCUCAAAAGGAAAAGGAAAGUGAUGAUAUGCAAGCGGUGUCAAUCGCGGUUUUCAGGACCCCAAAGACGAUCUCAGAUAAAAGAACAUGUCUGCGUGGAUCAAACCAGCUAG